AUGCGCAUCAAUAAUGGCGAGUCGAGUGAGAGUAGUCACGGGGAGGAAUACGAAGAAGAGCACGUCCACACUGUGUACGAGCAAAUCGCAUCCCAUUUCUCAUCGACGCGAUACAAGGUCCGCGAACCGAGAUCUUCACAUGUCAGCCAGCACUGACCACCACUAGCCCUGGCCUAUCAUCGAACGCUUUCUGAAAGACCUUCCCUCAGGAUCAGUAGGCCUGGACGUCGGCUGCGGCAACGGGAAAUAUCUCACCGUGAACUCUGACAUUUUCAUUGUCGGCUCAGACAGGUGUGUAGUAGCUUCAAGCGAAGGUGAGUGAGCCAAAGAGACUGAUAUGGUAAGUCCAGAUCCAAUAAUCUCGUCUCGAUUGCCAAGCAGCAUCAGCCUCAUGCUGUCGUGGUGGCAGACAUUUUGGACCUUCCCCAUCAGGAACGAGUCUUCGAUUUUGCUAUCUCUAUUGCUGUUAUCCAUCAUCUCUCCACUCCAGAGCGACGAGUAGAGGCUGUCAGAUCUAUACUUGAGGCUCUCAAGCCCGGCGGCAAGGCUUUGCUGUAUGCGUGGGCGCUCGAGCAAGAAAGCAGUCGCAGAGGCUGGAGCGGAAAAGACCACCAGGACGUAAUGGUGCCGUGGGUCAUGCGUGGCAAGAAGGCCUCGCGAGAUGGCCAAGCCGAGGACAAGACCUUUCAUCGCUACUACCACCUCUAUCGUCAGGGUGAGCUCGAAAGUGACAUCGAAGUCGCGGGUGGUCAAGUCAUCGAGGCUGGAUACGAGAAAGAUAAUUGGUGGGCUAUCGCUACGCCGAAGCAGCCCUGA